ACAGUCCAACCACAGGCGGGAAAAACACCAGAGGUCACGUGACACGUUUUUCCCCCAACAUGGCGUCCUGCAGGACAGCGUAGCUAAACUACAAGAACCGGGGCGUUCAUCUGCGUUUCUGAAGAUUUUAGUUUUUCGCUGCGUUCGAUUCACUCUCUGAAGCAGCAGGAUGCCGGGGAAAACCGGCGACAGCUUCAAACCGGGGGACUUGGUCUUCGCCAAGAUGAAGGGCUUCCCUCACUGGCCGGCCAGGAUCUGUAAGUCGGAAGAUGGAUACAAGAAGCGAGUCCCGGUCUACUUCUUCGGGACCCAUCAGAUAGGUCACCUCCCUCCGGAGAACAUCGUCCCUUACGUCGGCAACAAGAAGAAGUACGGCAGCGGCGUCCGCAUCAGAGGCUUCACGGAGGGCAUGUGGGAGAUCCAGAACACACCUGGUAUCGGGAGUAAACUCAAAGUACCAGCACAGCAAACUCCACCUGCUAAACAGACUUCUGCUGCUAAAACUACAAAUGAUCUUAAAAACACCCCGACUAAAUCAACUUCCAGUAAAUCUGCCCCUGCACAGCCCGACAGUAAACCAGCUACUGGCAGAAAAAGUCCAGUUGCUGCUGCGGCGGCUAAAAUUCCUACAAGAGCUUCUCUAAGAUCUGCUCCAGAGAAAACAACAGACUCCAAACAGACUUCUGAACAGGCUUCAACUUCAAAAGACGUCACCUCGGCAGAUGUUGCAGAGACUGCUGCGACUACAAGAAGCAGGAGGGCAGCUGUUAGAAGCUCGUCUGCAGGAGGGAGACACGAACUUACUACUGAUGCCACGUCUGCAGAAAAUAAGGAGGAGACUACAGCCCAAACUGUGAAAACAAGAACCGCCUCCAAAGCCUCUGUGAGUGAAACUUCCCCUCACAAACACUCUGAGAGGAAGACCGAUGCGGACACUACAGACAGCAAACCUGAAACGGCAAAUACAAAUAAAGUUACAGCUGAGAAGAAAAGUCUGAGCACCGUAGAAACCCCAGUGAAGGCGACCGACUCCAAACCAGCUUCUGAGAAGGUUGAAAUACCGUUAACUUCCACCGCUACAGAUACUGAAGAGGCUGCGGCUACACGUCGGGCUUCUACCAGAAGCAGAGCUGCAGAGUCCAAGGUUGAUGCUGAGCAGUACGAGAAGAGGACACCCGCUAGUCCUGCUGUGAGCUCUCCAGUCAGCAAGAAACUGAAGACCCCAGAACUAAAAUCUGCUCCGACACAAACCACCAAGAACGACAAAGGACAGAAAGACCAGGAAGAGGAGGAGAAGAGAGGGCAACAUAAGGAAGAGAAGAAGUCAUCAGAGAGUCAAGGAGUCAAGAGGAAGAGACAAGAGAAGGAUGAGGAGAAGGAGGUGCAGAAGAAAACCCGUCAGGAUGGCACUGAAGAAAAGAAAGUGACGAUGAAAGAGAAGACGACACAGGAGAGCCAAGGAACAAAAAGAAAGAAGGAUGAGGAGGAGAAACAGAAAACAAAGCAGAAAACAAAGCAGGACGAAGGUGUGGAAGGAAACAAUGAUGUGAUGACAAAAGAAACAACAGAAGAAAAGACGUCAGCAGAGAGCCGAGGGAUGAAGACGAGGAGAGCGGAGAAAGAGGAACAAAAGGAGGAGGAGGAGGAGGAGAAGAAAACAAAACAAGACGGCAGCGAACAAAAGACAGAGGAGACGACGAGGAGAGGAACGAGGUCGGAGAGCGAAGGAAGGAAAAGAACGAGAGAAAAGGAGGCACAGCUGACCACGAAGAAGGAUGUUACAGAAGGAACUGAAGAAGUGACAAAAAGAGAGGAGAGCCGAGGAACAAAGAGGAAGAAGGAAGAGAAGGAGGUGCAGAAGAAAACCAUACAGGAGGAGAAGAGCGGAGAGAGUGAAGGGACGAAGACAAGCAAAGCAGAGGAAGAGAAGAAGAAAACUAAAGAUGCCGGCGAGGAAGAAAAGAAAGAAGAGACGAAGAAGAACCUGACAGAGGAGGAGAAAACUGUAGAAAAAUCAGAGAGUGAAAGGACAAAGACGAGGAGAGCUGGGAAAGAGGAACAGAUGAGGAAAACAAAAGAUGCCGAUGAGGAAGGAAAGAAAGAAGAGAAGAAGAAGAAGAAGGUGACAGAGGAGGAGAAGAGUGAAGGGACGAAGACGAGGGGUGCAGAGAAAGAGGAACAGAAGAAGAAAUCUAAAGAUGCUGACGUGGAAGGAAAGAAAGAAGAGAUGAAGAAGAAGCCGACAGAGGAGGAGAAGAGUGGAAAAGCAACAGAGAAAGAAGGCGGUUCCGUGGACGAGGAGCGACAGCGCCGCCUGGCAGCCAAGAGGGAGAGUUUGUUUAAAUCUCUGAGAGGUCUGCUGAAGGCCGGCAGAGGAGGGAAGAGGAGGGAGACGAUGAAGAGUUCCCAGAAUGCCAGGGAUGGAGAAAAGAAGAAGGUCGAGAUUAAAAAGACAGAAAGUCAGAAGACGUCAGACAAGAAAAGGGUCAAAGAAUCACCUGCCACCAAGGUGAUCGCCAAGAAAUCAGGCGUCAAAAGCUCCAUCGGCAAGAAGAUCGUCGGCAAGAAAGCGACCGAGAGGAAGGAAGAGAAAGAUGAAUGCAAGAUGGUGAAAAAAACAACAAAGGUCAAACAGAAAGAAAGAGCUAAAAAAGAAGAAAAGGAUGAGGUGAAGACGUCCAACCAAAAGUCAGCAGAGGUAAAGAAGGAUGAACAGAAGACAAAGGACAAGAAGACUGACCGAAGUGAUCAAAUCAGCAAAACUACGGAUGACGUCAAGACAAAAGCAAAGGAGAGCGGGCAGAAGAAGGAAGACAAGAUGAAGGCUGAGGGAAAGAAAGAUGAGGAGGUGAAAGAGAAGAAAAGAGAGGAAACAAAGCAGCAGAAAGACGAAGAAAAGAAGGACGAGAGAAGAAUUAUCGGAAAGAUUGUGAAAGCAACGGGCGGACAGGGAGCGAAGGUUCAGGUAAAGACGAUAAUGGGAGGAACGACAGCGGCCGAAGAGGAGAAGAAGAAGAAAGAGGACAAAACGAGCAGAGAAGAAAAGGUAGAAGAAAAGAAAAAGGGUGCAGAAAAGGUGAAGCAGACAGAGAGGGAGAAGAGAGGGAGCGCUGAAGAGAAGAAAUCGGAAGAUGGAAAGGUGGAAAAAACGAGAGCGCUGACAGAGGACAAAAAAGACAGGAAUGUAACGGAGGUAGAGAAGGAUAAAAAGGGCAAGGGGGAAGAGGAGAAACGAAAGAAGAGCGGCGAAGACGAGACCCUGACAAAGGCGGAAGAGGAGCAAAAGACGCAGAAAGCUCAAGAGAACAACACUGAGGUGAAUAAAGUUACGACACGGGAACAGAAGAAGAGAGAGCAAACGAGCGAUAAACCUGCGGACGACAAAGCCACCGCCGAACAAACAAAGACAACAGGCGUAGAGUUGGAACAGACGAGCACCAAAGAGACAAAACCAGGGAAGAAAGCUGCAGAUAAGUCAGCUGCCGAGUCGAAAACUGCAGAAGAAGCAAAGGUUGAGAAGACGAGCGCAGAAGAAAGUAAAACGAAGGGUGAUUCUUCAGAUGGAGGGACGGUGGAGAAGCAGCAGCAGCAAAUGAAGAAGAGUUUAACCAUGACGCUGACGGACUCGACUCUGCACAGAAUCCACGGAGACAUCAGGAUUUCUCUGAAGACUGACAAUCCUGACAUCAGCAAGUGUCUGAUGGCGCUGGAUCAGCUCAGUAUGGUUUACGUAACGUCUAAACACGUCCGGAGACACAGUGAGCUCGUCUCCACCCUGAGAAAGAUGCGGUACUACAGAGCGAACCAAGCUAUCAUGGACAAGGCCUCCAUGCUCUACAACCGCUUCAAGAACGCCUAUCUGGUGGGGGAGGGGGAGGAGGUGGUGAGCGCCACCUUCCUGCGCUCUCUGCUGGAGGAGAAGGAGAGGGAGGAGGCGCAGCGGGUGGAGCGCUGCAAGGAGACGCUGCCGAGGGAAGAGCUGCUGCAAGAGCACCAGUGGGCCGCUCCUGAAGGGACAGUAUUCCUGAAGGAGCCUGGACUGAACCAGCUGUAAUCUGCGGGGGUGUUUACCUGAAACAAUCCCGCCACAUGGACAUUAAGGACUUCCACAACCAUUUACCUCAUCACACACACACACACACGCACACACACACACACACACACACACACACACACACACACACACACACCUGUACAGCUCUGAGUAUUUAUUUCCUGUUGUUACAUUUGAACAGGAGUUAACAGUGUUUGUGUGGAUUGUCACACCUGAGCAGGUACAGUGUGUUUGGUGCUUUUCAUCAUGACAUAUUAACUCAGCGCAUUAGUACGGUUUAUCCUGACUUUAAUAGACCUGUGUUUGUCUCUCAUCCACUAACUUUCUUGUUUGUAAAGUAUAGCAUUACACGCCUUAACCUGAGCAUUAACCCCCAUCUUACCCGUGUUUUUAAACUAACCUAAGUGUCUUUAACCCUAAGAUUACCCUUUUAACCUGAGAAUAUUUUAUCUCCUUCGAUGCAUUUGGGUUUUGACAAACAUCUCAAAACCUGGACAGAUAAAACUAAAACUUUAUGCGCUGAUAGAGGAAAGUUGGGGUUUUUUUUGUUUUUUUUGUGGUCAUUUGGGUGAACAGUACCUUUAAGAACUCCAAGUUAACGUAACCUACCUCUGUUAUCCGUUAGGAGAGCGUCCUUCCAUUAGUUUUUCUUUUUAAAUGUUUCAGUAAUAGAACUAAAACUUUGUGUAAAUGCAUUGAAUUUAAAGGUGCUCAGUCCAUUUUAAAUGUGUUUAUGCUGUUCAGGAAGGACAUGGGGGGCUGAAUGUGCAUUUUAUUUUUUAUUUUUUACCGACAGAUUGAUGUUCAAACAACACUCACAACAGCUUUAAACCAUGAAUCAAAGCAUUAAACCGCCUGUGAUGUUCACACUUCAGGUGCUCAAGGGCACCGCAGCAGUAAACUUACAGAGAACUCAUAAUAGCUGCUCAGUGUUUUUAUAAAACUUUGUACAGCAAGAUGUUUUAUCGUGACGCUGUGAGAUGUUUUUAUUCUUUUUUGUACUUGUUUUGUUAAAGUUGUUUUCUAAUAGGCUGUUACUGUUGUAAAUAUGUAAUUUUUACUUUCAGAAAUAAGAAUGAUUCACACACCUGA